CCGUAGGAGAGGCAAGUAUUUGGUCUCGAUCACUCUGCAUGUAAUGUUGUAUUUUCAUCUCAUUUAACGACCACCGGAAGAUUAUUUCAAAAAUGGCAGAGAAGGUGCUGGUCACAGGCGGUGCAGGUUACAUUGGAAGUCACUGUGUGCUGGAGCUAAUUGAUGCAGGCUACCAGCCAAUUGUGGUUGAUAAUUUCAGCAAUGCUGUAAGAGGAGGAGAAGGGGGUAUGCCGGAAAGUAUACUCAGGAUAGAGAAGUUUCGGGACACCAACAUUGAGUUUCAUGAACUCGACCUUCUGGACAAAGCCGGCCUGGAGGGACUUUUCAAAACGCAUUCCUUCAGCGCCGUGAUCCACUUUGCUGGCCUGAAGGCUGUCGGAGAGUCCACGCAACAGCCAUUACGCUAUUACAGGGUCAACCUUAUCGCCUCAAUGAACCUGCUGGAGGUGAUGCAGGCUCACGGGGUGCACAAUCUGGUGUUUAGCAGCUCAGCUACAGUGUACGGAGAGCCCCAGCGUCUUCCCAUUGACGAGCAGCACCCCGUUGGCAACUGUACAAACCCUUAUGGCAAGACCAAGUACUUCAUAGAGGAGAUGAUCAAGGACCACUGUAAAGCUGAGAAGAAUUGGAAUGCAGUCUUGCUGCGAUAUUUCAACCCCAUCGGUGCUCAUUCCUCUGGCCUCAUCGGAGAGGACCCCCAGGGUAUCCCCAACAACUUAUUGCCAUAUGUCGCUCAGGUAGCUGUUGGAAGAAGGAAUUGCCUCAACGUAUUUGGGAACGACUAUGACACGCUGGACGGGACAGGUGUGAGAGAUUAUAUUCAUAUUGUCGACUUGGCAAAGGGACACAUAGCUGCACUGAAGAAGCUGAAGGACAACUGUGGGUGCAAGGUUUACAACCUUGGAACAGGAAAAGGCUACUCUGUGCUCCAGAUAGUCAAUGCUAUGAAGAAGGCCUCUGGGAAGGAAAUUCCCUACAAGAUUGCCCCCCGUCGAGAAGGAGAUGCAGCGUCCUGUUACGCUGACCCUCGCCUGGCUGAGAAGGAGCUCGGCUGGAAGGCUGACUUUGCACUGGAAAGAAUGUGUGAGGAUAUUUGGCGUUGGCAGUCGAUGAACCCCACUGGAUUUUCCAAAGAGCCAGCUUCCUGACCCCGUUUGUUUUUUUUUUUUUUUUUAGUUGUUUUUUUUUACAAUUGCUAAAUCAAAGGGCCAAAGUUUUAAUGUUUUUCACACUAACAAAGGGAGAUAUGAAUGAUGGUUUUAACUAACCCCUUUGGAGAGGCAAUGUAAGCCUUUUUUGAUUGAAAUGGAUAUUUGAAAUGAAUCCUACAUGCUUAGUAGAGGUAGUAGAAAAUAGAAUGGCUGGUAAAAUUGAUAAGGGUUGUUUUUUUUAUGUUGAAUGCAAAGUCUGGAAAUUAUUAUUAUAUACACUAAUAACUGUCAAGGGUGUGAUUUAGAAAUUCUAUGAUAUAUGGAAAAGGUACCCUAAUUAGGGUUGGUAUCGCAUCACUUGAAAGAGAAAAUGGUUGAAAAAUAAAUGUUCUAUUUUA